CGGACAGACGGCUGCGGUGGAACGGCGGCGGCUCCUCGUCCUUACUCCCUCUGUUCUUCCCUCCCUCCUUUCCUUUCCCGGCGGGCCUGGCCGCCCAGCCCGACAGGCAAGCGGCAGCCAGUUCUCCGCCAAGCACUUGUGUGGAAGUCUGACUGCUUGUCCGUGGGACUGCUGCCUAUCUUGGGGAUCUACAAGUCUGAAGACCCUAGAAGGGGGAACUCAGUCUUCAAGGCCUCCCAGGGCAUGGCGUUGACUGUGGAUGUGGCGGGACCAGCACCUUGGGGCUUCCGCAUUAGCGGAGGCAGAGAUUUUCAUACACCCAUCAUCGUGACCAAGGUAACAGAACGGGGCAAGGCGGAGGCAGCUGAUCUCCGGCCUGGCGACAUCAUUGUGGCCAUCAACGGAGAGAGUGCAGAGUGUAUGCUACAUGCAGAGGCCCAAAGCAAGAUACGACAGAGCGCCUCACCCCUAAGACUGCAGCUGGACCGGUCCCAGACUGCCUCUCCUGGGCAGACUAAUGGGGAGGGCUCCUUGGAAGUGCUGGCAACAAGAUUCCAGGGCUCCCUGAGGACUCGCCAUGAGAGCCAGUCUUCCCAGAGGUCGCCCUGCUUCAGCCCAGCCUCUCUCAGUCCCAGGCCAUGUAGCCCUUUCUCCACUCCACCCCCUACCAGCCCAAUUGCCCUUUCUGGAGAGGAUGUGAUUGGCUGUAGUUUCCAGAGUCUGACUCGCUCACCAGGCCUUGCUGCCACUCACCACUUGACCUACUCUGGCCACCGCACCAGCCAACAGGCCGGCCACAGCAGCCCCAGCGAGUCCGCAGCGAGGGUGCUGCUCCAUUCCCCAGGACGGCCCUCCAGCCCCAGGUUCAGCACUUUAGACCUGGAGGAGGACUCAGAGGUGUUCAAGAUGCUUCAGGAGAACCGCCAGGGACGGGCCGCCCCAAGGCAGUCCAGCUCUUUUCGGCUCUUACAGGAAGCCUUGGAGGCUGAGGAGAGAGGUGGCACACCUGCCUUUGUGCCCAGCUCGCUGAGUCCCCAGGCUUCCUUGCCCACCUCCAGGGCCUUGGCCACCCCACCCAAACUCCACACCUGUGAGAAGUGCAGCGUCAACAUCUCGAACCAAGCAGUCCGAAUCCAGGAGGGGAGGUACCGACACCCUGGCUGCUACACCUGUGCAGACUGCGGGCUGAACCUGAAGAUGCGUGGUCACUUCUGGGUGGGCAAUGAGUUGUACUGUGAGAAGCAUGCCCGCCAGCGCUACUCAGUGCCCGGAACUCUCAGCUCUCGAGCCUGAGCCUCAAGGUGCUCAGCCUGUCUGCACUCUCAGACUCGGCAGACAGGACCAUACUGAGAGAAGCAGGGAAGGGUGAGAGUAGGUGAUAGAUCUUACAUGAACUGAGCUUGGGGAGUCCCCUUUGUCCUUGCUGGGUGAGGCCAAGGGUUGGGACUAGUGUCACGUUGCUAGUGCUAAGGACGGUUCCACUCUCUGGCCUUCCUCCCGCAGGCCAGGUUCUGUACUACAGUCUGUACUACAGGCCUCCAUAUUUGACAAGUUUCCGUAUAGGGUUGGGCACGGAUAGAAGUAUCUAGAAGGGAAAGGUGGGCCUGAGGUUAGUGAUAUUCAUGGUGUGAAGUUUCUAACAUAUGAACUCUAUAUACACGUGGAUAAAAUUAAGUGUCCUUUCUCCCUUCUUUCCCUGUUCUGGGAAGAAAGUUUUCAUUUAUAGGGACCCUCUUUUUCCUCCUCCCUUAAGUCCCACCUGCUAUGCAUCCCAUUGUAGAGGCCUGUUUCUUUUUUCUUUUUUUCUUUUUCAUAGCAUUGAGACAGUAUGCUAGCUACCUCAAACUUAAAAUUCUGCCUCUCAGCCUUCUGUGUGCCAGGGCUGUAAGCAUGAGCCUUACCACAUUCAGUCACUCACUUCGUUAAGUUUGGGGCUCUGUGCUUCCUUUAACUCUUUUGUAAAGGUGUGCCUUAAAAAAAAUGGUUGCUCAUGUUUGGA